AUGAUAUUACUGCAAAUCGUAAUCUCCCUGCUGUUGGUAUAUUUAUGCAUCUACCUUAUGGGAAAAUACAACGAGACUUACUGGCUGCGGCGAGGCGUCCCGUUUUACAAGAGGAAUAAAAUAACAGGCGUAUAUUGGGACUUCGUUUUUCGCGGACGACCCGUGUUCGAGGCCUUGCGCGACGUGUACCGAAAUCACUCCGGAUCCAGCGCAGUGGGGCUGGGUUUCUUCCUGACGCCGGCGAUGUACGUCAGCGGAGCUCAGAACCUACGCUACGUGCUCGCUACCGCCUCCGACAGCUUCAACCACCGCGCAGUGGAGCCUAAUCGCGGGGAUCUACUGGCCGACAACGUGUUGUUCAUGCACGGCGCUCGAUGGAAGCUCAUGAGGCAAGCUCUGACGCCACUCUUCACGACCCGGAAGUUACGGGACAUGUAUUACAUCAUCGAUCGCAGCGCCCGAGACUUUGCCGCUCACUUGCAACGCCAUCCCGACUUGUGCUCAGGUCGAGCGUAUCGCACGCUAUCGACGUUCUGCAGCGCCGCCAUAGGGGCUGCCGUAUUCGGGAUCAGCCCCUCCUCUAUUUUCGACUCGCCCUUCCUCGACAUGGCGCAGAAGGCUUUCGAACCGACCUUUUGGAGCAACACAAAUCUCUUAAUAUCUAAUCUGAGUCUUGAAUUGUCACAUUUGCUUGGGAUCAAACUCUUCAAGGAGCACGAGGAGCUGUUCGUGGGCGCCAUUCGGCAGGUGAUAGCGCAGCGGCGGCGCGACAGCGUUAAGCGACACGACUUCGCCGAACUUUGCGUCACGCUGCAACGAAUCGGUAGAAUAGCGGAUGAGCGAAUCGGCCUCGAGCUCAAGCCCACCGACGAACUGCUGGCGGCGCAAGCUUUCUUCUUCUUCAUAGCGGGCGUCGAGCCGACGGCCUCCGCAUUAUUCGGAGCGCUGUACGAGUUGGGGCGGCAUCCGGAGUGCCUGAAGCGAUUGCAUACGGAAAUAGACGAAACAUUUGCGAAAUGUGACGAGCUAACGAUAGAUACCGUAGCGGAGAUGUCUUAUCUGAACAGCGUCGUAUGCGAGGCUAUGAGGAUCCAUCCACCAGUGGGAUACCUGAAGAGACUUUGCGUGCGCGACGCCCUUCUGCCGGAUGGCGCAGUGCCGGUAGCCAGGGGCACACGUCUUUACACCCCGGUGUUUGACGUGCAUCAUGAUCCGCGUCAUUUUCCACAACCGGACCGAUUCGACCCUGAACGUUUCUCUCCAGAGAACAAAAGGCGCGUGUCGGAGUGGACGUAUAUGCCGUUCGGACGGGGCAGCCGCGUGUGCAUAGGACAACGCUAUGCACUGCUCCAGGUCAAAGCGGGGCUCGCGCACGUUUUGCGACGAUUCUCAGUCACAUCUCGAGAGUAUCCACCCGGCCAGACCUACAGCAAACAGCAACUACAGGUGAGACUAGAGAACGUCGACGUUCGAUUCCUGCCACGCCAUCCACCUAAUGCUAAUGCGAUGGCCGACUCAUAA